AUGACACACUGUCAAAAAUCCUCACUUUUGAUAUCAACGCACGAUACGUUGAAAGAGGAGCCAGAAGAAGAGAGCAGACCAAACACACCACACGUAGGAUCCCCUCAAGCACAAUCACAAGCACCCACAGGGGGAGAUCAGCUCAAGCAACCCGAGCAACAGGAUAAACUCACCGAUUCUCAGCAACAACAGGCAAACGACGAAGAAAGCUUUAUAAAGAACCAGAAAGAGCAGAAGCAGCAACAACAGCAACAGCACCAAAAUAAUAUUACAGCUAAGCACAAUGAGCACAUGCGCAGAGUAAAAAGCAAACGUCCCCUUUGGGGCAUUGGGGGUGUCUUCCCUGCUGAGGAUUCAGAGAAGCCUAGCAAUCAUGAAAGUGGAAAGACUCAAGGCAGAAACAACGAUAUUAGCGGAAGUGGCCAAGAAGUCUUAAACGCAGCUGCAGAAGCCGUUUUCUCCAGAGGCAGGGAACUAGGCUAUCAGCAGGCGUCUAGUAUCACGGGUAACACACCAUCUCUCCCCACGGGAAACUUAGGAUCAACCAAAUUCGGCUCUAGCUACUCGAGUUCCCAGCCACCAUCUCAUCACACCAACCAGGCCGGUGACUAUUUCAAUUUACCGGGUACAACACCUGGAACAACACCUGGAAUAACACCUGGAAUAACACCUGGUCAGCAUAAUACUCCUUUUGGCCAAGUAAGCGGAAUGAUGGAAGACAAUAAAAGUACAAAAUCAAGCAGAACACCAUUUCAGGUCGGGGGUGUUAUCGAUGACAACAGAAGACCGUCGUUUGCUCGUCCUCAGCCUAGCAAAAGGUUUCCUACCCAGACACAGCAGCAUAGCUACUACAAGGAGCAGGCAGACAAGGAGAUGGCAGACAAGAAGUCAGACGAUAAGGAUUUAACUAAUCGCGAUACUCAGGGAAAGGAGGAAGGUCAGGUCGGUGGGAUUAUAGAUGGUCAAAAGGACACACCGGCCGCUGAUCAGGACCGCUCUCUGUCAUAUAACACUGACAAGUCGCAAAAUUACCCACAAGGCGGUGGCACUGGGCAGGUUGGAGAAAUGGAAAAUAAGUGGCUUGAUGAUCCCAUUGAACAAGAAAAGUAUGAGAAUCCUGAUGAACCCAUUUACAAUUUUUGGUUCAACAUUAGAGAAUACAUGCGGGAACCGCUCGCAGAGAUGCUCGGGACGUGUGUAUUUAUGAUUAUUGGCACUGGCGCCAGCUGUCAGACACUUAUUUAUACAAAUCAGACAGCUGCAUAUACGAAUUUGAAUUGGGGAUUCGGCGUUGGAGUCAUGACUGGCGUUUACAUUGCUGGUGGUGUUUCUGGUGGCCACCUUAACCCAGCCAUCACUCUUUUUCUUGCUUUAUUUCGAGGAUUUCCUUGGAAAAUGCUUUGGAAAUACUGGAUUGCACAGGUUCUAGGUGCAUUUAUCGGAAGCUUUACGGUCUAUGGAAUGUACUGUCAGUCUCUUUACAACAUAGAUCCCGCAAAGACGGUGUCUUCGAGUGGCACAGCUGCGUUAUUCCCUACAAUCCCCACAACAGAAAAUACUACCAUCGGUCUUGCAGUGUAUCAGGAAGUCAUCGCGACUGCAGUAUUGACAUCGAGUGUUUUAGCCCUUGGUGAUCGUGACAAUACGCCACCUGGAGCGUCUUUGGGUGCUCUAGUUCUUGCACUAAUCAUUAUGGCCAUAGGUACGUCUCUAGGUGCUUUAAGCGGAUAUGCCAUGAACCCAGCUCGCGACCUCGGCCCACGCAUCAUGCUCAGUUGCGUUGGCUACGGGAAGGAGCUAUGGACGCACGAUAGAUGGUGGUGGCUAACUGGGCCCAUCUUGGGAUCCUUCGGCGGCUCGAUCUUAGGUGCAUUAGCGUACGACUUUUGCAUCUAUAGUGGACUGGGUAGUCCAGUCAACUUCACCGGCAAACAAUGGCGACGGUUGAUUAACCCUAUGUUUCGAACGCACAACAUGGCAAAAGCUGGGCUUGAACGGAUGGAAAGAGAUCGGAAGGAGAGAGACUUACAGAAUGAAAUACACGAGCUGGAAAAUAAGAAGGGAAACAAGGCUGUUUAG